AUGUCCACGCAACAACCCCUCCCGGCCUCGGACCCCACAACGGAAGCUCACAUCACCGACUACCACGCAACCCGCUGCCUCGCCUCCCCGCUCUACGCCUUCCUCCUGUCCCCGGCCGAGCACGGCCUCCGCCUGACCCACGCCUCGCGCGGCCGCGUCGUCUUCCGCCUCCCCAUCGCCGCCUGCCACCUCAACGCCGCCGGCGGCCUGCACGGCUCCGUCUCGGCCACCAUCGUCGACUGGGCCGGCGGCCUCGCCGUCGCGGCGUGGGACCUGCGCGGCGGCACGGGCGUCAGCGUCGACAUCCACGUCAGCUACGUCAGCAGCGUGCGGCUCGGCGAGGAGGUCGAGAUUGAGGGCUCUGUGGACAAGGUCGGCGGCAGCCUGGCGUUUACGACUGUUGGCGUGUGGAAGGUCGAGGAGGGACGGAGGGGGGCUGUCGUGAUUACGGGGAGGCAUACGAAGUUUGUCAGGGGGAAGGCGCCGGCGAAAUAG